AAUAAAUUGUUACAGUUAAAAUAUUAAAGAUGAAACUUUUCUUUGCGUUUGCAUUACUCGGUUGCAGUAUAAUAUUAUGCUGCGUUGAGCAGAGCAGCUGUGCUGGCGGUGGUGGCGGAGGUGGAGGCGGUGGUAUAGGUGGUGGCGGUGGAGGAGGUGGCCCAUUCGGCGGGGGUGGUGGUCCAUAUGGUGGCGGUGGUGGUUCAAAUGGUGGCGGUGGCGGAGGACCAUUUGGAGGAGGUGGUGGUGGCGGCUACCCUGGUGGGGGCAGAGGUGGUGAUGGUGGUAUACAUGGAGGUGGAGGAGGAGGAGGUGGUGGACCAUUUGGAGCACCUGGAGCACCAGGUGGUCCUUACGGCGGUGGAGGAGGUGGUGGCGGACCGUAUGGUGGUAGAGGAGGAGAUGGUGGUGGACCAUAUGGUGGUAGAGGUGGAGAUGGUGGUGGACCAUAUGGAGGUAGGGGUGGUAAUAGUGUUAGAGGCGGUGAUGGUGGUGGUCCAUAUGGUGGAAGGGGUGGAGACGGCGGUUUUUAUGGUGGAGGUGGAGGAGGCGGAGGUAGUCCAGAUGGUGGAUAUGGCUAUGGUGGAUAUGGUCCUGAUGGUGGUUAUGGAGGUGCUGGAGGAAAUGGUGGUUUCGGGUUUGGCGGCAAAGGUGGUAAAGGCGGUAGCGGUUAAAAAUUUCCAAAUAUGGGUUACAAUUAUUUUACAAAUAAUGUUUUAAUUAAACUAAGAGUAAAAUUUUCGGACUA